AUCAAUAAAAUCGGAAUUUUUAAUUAUCUCAAUACAUUUCCCUAAUUCGAAUGAAUAACUUCUAAUGGGCGGUCAUCAAUAAAAAGUGUUUUAAAUAGGACAAAGACAAUUGAUUAUGUUAUUAAUUGCAUUUAUUGAUAAUUCCGCGUUUUACUAGUGUUUAGAAGUGUUUAUGUGCCCUAAAUAGAGGUCAACAACGUCUCUUUAUGAACUUGCAUCCGAGUGAUAAGUGAUGACUGGAAAUGGCUGACGGGAGAGCAAUUUCGUAUGAAACUACCGAGAUGGUCGAGAAGGAAAAGUCCGAGGAGCCGCCUCAGGACCUGAUCUCUGUCCGUGUCCCUAUAAAUGGCAUGACAUGCCAGUCGUGCGUGAGAAGCAUAGAGGGAUCCGUCGGGGAGCUGGAGGGAGUGAAGUACGUCAAGGUGGAGCUAUCGGAAAACGCCGGCUACUUCAGGUAUGACCCGCGCACGUGCUCCGCGGACGCGAUCCGCUCCCACAUAGAAGAUAUGGGUUUCGAGGUGCCCACGGAUAGCUCUGAAGAGACCAGAAAGCUACUGCCCCGCGAGAUACCGACAGACCUACUGAUCGACAUGACGGGCGCCGGGCCGCCGCAGCAGGACACCGAGCUGGCGGUCACGGGGAUGACCUGCCAGUCGUGCGUGAACACCAUCGAGGGUACCCUAAAGGAGAUGCCAGGCGUGAUCCGAGCUAGCGUCAGCCUGGCUGAGAACAAGGCUAGCGUCACCCACUCGCGCGGCGCGGUGACGCCGCGGCAAUUGGCCGACGCGGUCUACUCGCUCGGCUUCGAUGUGGAGAUUAUCGGUGGAACAGAUACACCGCACGAUCAAGCGUCAGGCGAUGGCGCCAAAAUGUCACCGGCUAAAGCCAGAGCUCAAACUAAUGGUACAGUGUCCCCCCUCCCAGAGGAGAUAUCGACGUGCACGCUCGAAGUGCGCGGCAUGACGUGCGCAUCUUGCGUCGCCGCCAUUGAGAAGCACUUCUCGAAAAUAAACGGCGUGCACUCGGUGGCGGUGGCGCUGCUGGCCGCCAAGGCGGAGGUGCGGCACGAGCCGCGCCGCGUGUCCGCCGCCGCGCUCGCGCACUCGCUCACCGAGCUCGGCUUCCCCGCCGACGUGCUCAGCGAGAGCGGCGCGCCGCGCGACCUGCACCUCGCGAUCAAAGGCAUGACGUGCGCGUCGUGCGUUAACAAAAUUGAAAAAACUGUGCUGAAAUUGAACGGCGUUGUGUCCUGCGUGGUCGCGCUCACCACUUGCAAAGGUAAAGUGACAUACGAUCCGGAGGUGAUCGGCGCUCGCAAGAUCUGCGACGCGAUCAGCGGUCUCGGGUUCGAAGCCACGGCGCUCAACACGCACACGAGGAACACGAGCAAUUACUUCGAGCAUAAGGAGGAGAUAAGGAAGUGGCGUAACGCGUUCCUCGUCUCGCUGAUAUUCGGCGCGCCGUGCAUGGCCGCGAUGGUCUACUUCAUGGCGGUGAUGGGCGACGGCGACGCGCACCGCGACAUGUGCUGCGUGCUGCCCGGCCUCAGCCUGGAGAACCUCAUCAUGAUGGCGCUGGCCACGCCCGUGCAGUUUAUCGGCGGUUGGCACUUCUACAAGCAAGCGUACAAAGCGCUGCGUCACGGCACAUCCAAUAUGGACGUUUUGAUCUCUAUGACUACUACGAUAAGCUACUUGUACUCGCUGUGCGUGGUGGCGGCGGCGAUGGCGCUGCGGCAGGACACGUCGCCGCUCACGUUCUUCGACACGCCGCCGAUGCUGCUCGUGUUCGUGUCGCUGGGCCGCUGGCUGGAGCACAUCGCCAAGGGCAAAACCUCGGAGGCCCUGUCCAAGUUGCUCUCGUUGAAGCCGACAGAAGCUGUGCUGGUGACGUUGGAUAGCGAGGGGAGGGAAGUGGGAGAGAAGAGUAUACCGGUGGAGUUAGUCGAGAGGGGGGAUAUAUUGAAGGUGGUGCCGGGCGCUAAAAUACCAGUCGAUGGUAAAGUGUUAUCCGGCCAGAGCACGUGCGACGAGUCAUUGAUAACCGGAGAGUCUAUGCCUGUACCCAAGUCUAAAGACUCGCUCGUGCUGGGCGGCAGCAUCAACCAGCACGGCGCGCUGGUGAUGGCGGCGACGCACACGGGCGACGCGUCGGCGCUGGCGCAGAUCGUGCGGCUCGUGGAGGACGCGCAGACCAGCCGCGCGCCCGUGCAGCGCCUCGCCGACACCAUCGCGGGGUAUUUCGUGCCAAUCGUGGUGUUCCUCUCCGUGCUGACCCUCGUCUGCUGGAUGAUCAGCGGCGCGAUAGACAUAUCGAGGAUAAAGAGUAUCACGCCGCCGAUGUACCGCAACUUCUCGGACUGGGAGCUGAUCGUGCAAACGUCGUUCCACUUCGCGCUGUCCGUGCUCGCGAUCGCGUGCCCGUGCGCGCUGGGGCUGGCCACGCCCACCGCGGUCAUGGUCGCCACGGGCGUGGGCGCCUCGCUCGGCCUGCUCAUCAAGGGCGCCGAGCCGCUGGAGCACGCGCACAAGGUGAAGACGGUGGUGUUCGACAAGACGGGCACGAUCACGCGCGGGUGCGCGCGGGUGGCGCGCGUGCACCCGCUCGCCUCCGCGAUAGUGCAGUGGUGCACGGCGGUGCUGGGCGAGGAGGCGCGCGCGCACUGCCGCAGCUUCACGGCGGCGCCGGGCUGCGGCCUGCGCGCGCGCCUCGCGCUGCGCCCCCCGCACCCCGCACACCCCGCACACCCCGCACCCGCGCCGCUCUGCCACCCGCCCGCCGGCAGGGAGACAUCGUCGUUCCAGCUGCACGGGGUGCCAGUGGACAUCAUAGAGGGCGAGGGAGAUUCCGCGCUCAGCUCUGCGCAGGCGGCGCAUCGCCUCAACGCCAUCAUACGGACGGAUAGCGAUCAGGAGGUGGAGCAGCUGGUGCUGAUCGGCAACCGGGAAUUUCUCAGUCAUUUACAAAAUGAAUUUUCCCGCCAAAUAUGACAGACUUCAGAGGAAAAUAAAACGUAUCGAAUUCACUCGAUAGAUCAACUGGUGUGCACGAUCGGCGUGGCGGACGAGGUGAAGCCCGAAGCCCACCUCGCGGUCUACUGCCUCAAGAAGAUGGGGCUGGAGGUGUGUCUGCUGACCGGCGACAACAGGAAGACGGCGGUUGCCAUCGCGAGACAGGUUGGCAUCACGAAAGUGUACGCGGAAGUGUUGCCAUCGCACAAAGUAGCUAAGAUACAAAAGUUGCAGGAGAAGGGACAGAAAGUUGCCAUGGUAGGCGACGGAGUGAACGACUCGCCGGCGCUGGCGCAGGCGGACGUGGGCAUCGCGAUCGCGAGCGGCACCGACGUGGCCGUGGAGGCGGCCGACCUCGUGCUCAUGCGGGACGACCUGCUGGACGUGGCGGCGUGCCUGCGGCUGUCGCGCGCGACGGUGCGCCGCAUCCGCCUCAACUUCGUGUUCGCGUCCGUCUACAACCUGCUCGCCAUCCCGCUCGCCAGCGGCGCCUUCGCGCUGCUCGGCCUGCAGCUGCAGCCGUGGAUGGCGUCAGCGGCAAUGGCGAUGAGCUCCGUGUCGGUCGUGUGUUCCAGCCUCUUGCUCAAAACGUUCAAGAAGCCAAGCCCCUCGUCGCUGCGCACGGCGGAGUACGAGGCGGAGCUGCGCGCGCGGCCCCCCGCCGCCGCCGCGCCGCCCCGCGCCCGCGCGCGCGCCGACAAGCCCGCGCCCGACGCCGCCGCCUCGCCGCUCGCCAGAUUAUUCCAAAGGAACAAAUCGUCUGACGGUUGUCUAUUGCAAGAGGAGGACGACUUGAUGACCGUCUCGUUCAUACCAAAGAGGCCGACGAGGGAGCAACCGAGUAUUAACCGCGAAUUGUAGGCAGGGAGCCGGUUGGAAAAUUUCUUAUGUCAUUUGAUAUUUUUUUAUGGUGAUAUAUAGUUGCAUUUGCGACGCGUAGGCUCGAUUUGUAUAUUAUUGAUUGAAAUGCAUUUCAAGUUAUUUUGAUUAAGCAACGUUUGAAGUUUUGUAAUACGAGUUCAAAAUAUUUAUUUAAAUUUGAAAUUAUUUUUGUAUACUGUUAAAGUAAAAGAAUUAACUAUAUCCGUAAGUGGCGAUGAAAUUAAAAUUAAAAUUGCUGGUUUUGUUAAGAGUAUUUCAUGCAAAAUCAUUCAUAUAGGAGAUGUUAUGUUCAUAUCUUUAUGUUGUUUCUAUGCUACCUCAAUAAUUAUAUUCCAGUAAAUUGAAUUUUCUCCAGGUUUAGGAGAGCUUUAAACCAAUUGUGUCUGAUAGCGAUUACUAGAUUAUAAAUAGAAACCACGUCUUAUCGCCGUUAGUAAAAUUUAAUAAAUUAGUUUAAUAUUAGUAAAAUUAUAUGAAUAUAUUAAUGUUUAUUAUUAAGGUGAUAUUCGCUCGAAUUUGUGGUAUUAGAUGACAUAAGAAAAUUCCCGCACAGCCCCCGGCCUAUUGUAGCAUGUAGAAUAUUGUAAAAAUUGUAUCGAUUUAAGACCAGUUGUAACUUUUUGUAUAUAAUUAUAGAACUAGUCAAUAUCCAGUGUUACCAUGAAUCAACAUAAGGUGAAAUGUCUGUUUUAAACUAAAUAGGGUUGCCUAUCCACAGUUUUGAGGAAUAGGAAAUAAUACUUUACAGUUAAUUCUCAU